CGUUCCCUUUGCUAGGUAGAGGGUGUUCGGUUUCCAAUGCUGCUUGUGAUGAAUGAACACCUGGACUGUUAAAAAUCGAGAAACUGGUGAAAUUGUCGUUUUUAUUUUUAUAAUGAACCUUUAACCAACAGGGAUUCUUUUAUGGAAUUUAGCUCUGCUUAAGGUGUGUUAGCAGAGUUACUUUUAACAUGUUUUGAACAAAUACAUUUUCAUAGUAGUACGUAAUGAGGGACCGCCUAGACGAUUUGACGAAGAAUGGCAACAAUAAUCCAUUCAGUUUAGAUGAUGGUGUCGACGUCACAGUGGAUAACAAUUCCCACAGGGAUGACUUCUUCAAACAGGUGGGGGAAGUGCGUAGCCUCAUCGGUAAGAUCUCCUCCCAGGUAGAUGAAGUUGUGACGAAACAUACUGCUAUCCUUUCUGCCCCCAACCCUGAACAGAGGACAAAAGAUGAGUUGGAGCAGCUAACCAAUGUAAUAAAGAGGAACGCAAAUGUAGUGCGUGCCAAGUUAAAAGCUAUGCAGGAUAGGCUGCCUCAGGACGAGAACGCAAAUACAGCGUCUGUGGACCAGCGCAUCCAGACAAACCAGCAAACAAAUCUAAUGCGUUGGUUUGUGGAUGUCAUGACGGUUUACAACGAGACCCAGUUGUCUUUCCGGGAAAAGUGCAAAGGACGGAUUCAGAGACAGCUGGAAAUCACUGGGAAACUGACCACUGAUGAGGAGCUGGAGGAGAUCCUGCACAGUGAAAAUCCUGCAAUUUUUACAUGUGAUAUCAUUUCCGAUUCACAUAUCACACGCCAAGCUUUGAAUGAAAUAGAGUCUCGACAUAAGGACAUUAUCCGCCUGGAGUCCAGCAUCAAAGAGCUUCACGAGAUGUUUGUUGACAUAGCAAUGCUGGUGGAGACUCAGGGGGAGAUGAUCAACAGUAUAGAGAGGAACGUGAGCAGUGCAGCUGAGUAUGUUGGUACAGCCAGUGUGGAGACCAAGAAGGCAGUGCGGUACCAAAAGGCAGCACGCAGGAAGCAUGUCAUAAUUGCCAUAGUCAUGGUGACCCUGGUUGCUGUAAUUGCACUUAUCGUUGGUUUGUCUCUGGGUCUAAAACCGCCCUAGACCUCACUGCCUUAGGUAAUUACCACUGCUUUACGGAAAAUACGGUGUCAUCAUCUAACAUAACCAGAAGUACUCUCCUAGUUUGCGUUUAAUCCAUGUAAAUACAGCCCAUUUAGGCAUUGAAAUUAAUAGCAAAUACUAACUGGUUUAAGGGGAGCCAUGUUUCCAGAAGACUGUCCACCCUAGCCACUGGGCUAUAGAUAUGGUCAUGGGUUGUUCUUUGUCAGGAUAUAGGAUCAGUCUUCUUAAUUCAAGGAUUAGUAUGAAAGACAAAAAAAAUAAAAGAUUUGAACUAUGAAGCUGAUUCCAUUAGAAGUUUUGUUUUUGUUUGCCCCUCUUUCUCUGGGAUGCUCCUUGUCUUUACAAAAAGCACUAUUUUGCUAUUGGCAUAUUUAUUGGUCUUUGUUUAGCCGUUAUUGUGGGGUUGAGUGUCUGGUGUUAUGGUUCCUCGCCAGCCAAUACAAAAUAAACAAAACAAUACAAAAUAGAAUGUAUAAUCAGACACGCUCAAACUAAAAUGAUUUCAGUUGUGAGUAGUCUACCAUGGGCACUUCUGUCUUACUGGGUGAAGUGUCUCAUUUCUCUUGGAGUGGGUCUGGACCUCAGCAUGGGCUCCUGUGAGGUGUUCCUGCGAAAGAAGACAUCUCUCUGCACAUGCAGUAUCAACUUGACAUGGGUGCUGUAAUCUCUCUUGAUCUAUUCCUAAACAAUUUCAACUAGACAUAAUAUACAGUAGCCAUUUGACAGGUAACAUUAGCUUAAGCCUUUAAACUUUUAUAUACACUCUCACAAACUCAUAUGCUACAGACACACACGUACACACUCAUACACCUUACCUGCACACAGUUUAACUGAAUCUCUGGUAUUCUUUUAGUUGUAUUUGUAAAACGUUGCUAUGUGUUUGUUUAUUUCUUUGUGAUCCUCUCCUAAAUUGUUUAGAUGUACCCCCUCCUGGAAAAUGUGUUGUAUAUGGCUGUGCCUCUUAUUUAAUUUUGAGCUGCAGAGCUUUAUCAAAUGCAUCUGUACACAUCUGAACUUUGCGUGUUUAUAUUUAUUCAUGCUUUGUUAAAUUAUCUUUGUCAUAUGUAAAGGUAUCCAGUGUUUUUUUUGUUAUUUGCUUAAUUUUAACGGCUGCAGUUAAUUAACUUGUUAAUGGCAUGACAUUACUGACUGAGAAUUUGCAGAGUGCAGACAAGCAUCAUCCCUUUGCAUCGACCAGGACCGUGCCUGGUUUUAUUCUCUUUGUGUGAUAAUGAUGGUUCUUAGCAAAAACACUCUUAAGCUUACUCUGGCAGUCCUUUUUAAUUUUGACUGGUGCUAUCUGCAACUCUGCAAGAGAUUACAUUACUUGUCAAAAGUGAAUCCAGCUGAUUGAUGUCUUGUGUCCAUUGUAUCUUGCAAUGUUCUGUAUUACCUUAAAUGUUUCUAUUGAAGUCCACCAAAAGAUGGCAGAAAUAAAGUAUUCUAUACAUAAAGCUUUC